CAGAAACAAGAACUACUGCGCAAGGAAUGAAGGAAUGACGAUGGAGAAUGGAGGAAAAUUUAUCAUGAAACAAAUGAGAAGGAGAUCAAGCAUGGAAAUUCCUGGUAUCUUUUUUGAUCCAGAUAAGACUGAUGUGAUUCCUGAGAUGAAUGGCCAGAUCAGGCUGGUUCUGCUUGGAAAAACUGGAGCUGGAAAAAGUGCCACUGGAAACACUAUCGUAGGUAGAAACGUGUUUGAAUCUUCAGCCAGCUCAACCUCUCAGACCAAACAGUGUCACUCAGAAACUAGAGUAAGGUUUGGUACAGAAAUAUCAGUGAUCGACACUCCGGGACUUUAUGAUACCAAACUCAGCGAAGAUGAGAUUAAAAGUGAAAUAGGAAAAUGCAUGACAUUCACUUGUCCAGGACCACAUGCUUUUCUCAUAGUGAUUAAAGUGGGUCGAUUUACUGAGGAGGAGAAAAAUACAAUAAAGAAACUUAAAGAAGUGUUUGGAGAAUGUAUGGAAAAAUAUUCCAUGAUCAUCUUAACUCAUAAAAAACAGUUAAAGAAAAAGCAAACCAUUGAGCAAUAUCUUGAAAAAGGUGAUCCAGCUCUUAAAGAACUUGUAGAGAGCUGCGGAAACCGAAUCUUCUGUCUGGACAACGAGUCUGCCAGUUUCCCACAGUACAAAGAUCUGAUCGGUCAAGUUAAGACAAUGGUGGCGGAAAACGGACACUUUUCAAAUGAGAUGUUUGAGGAAGCAGAGAAAUGCAUUCAGGAGAUUCAGAAGCAGAAACUCGAAAAGAAAGUAAAGCGGUUCACGCAGGAGAGCGGACGAACAGAAUGGCAGAAAAUAUACUGGCGUUUAGCAGAGGAGUCGCGGCUCGAGGCUAAGAAAUGUUUUUCGGACUCAUUCAUGGCAGACCUUCUUAUGCAUCCUCAUGUAACAGGAUCAGAUGUACGCAAAGCACUGGAGGUGGUGACCCUCGAGGAGAAAGAGAACACCAUAAAGGAAGCUGAGGGCAAGGGAAUCAGACACGCAGUGGCUGUUCAACUCGCAAUCAAUGCCACGCGAAAACUAGCAAAACAGAAAAUGUGUACGGUUCAGUGAAAAACUCAAUGAGACAGAAGACAAUUUUGGCCUAAAUGAUCUUUGUGCCCACUUCU